AUGAAAACAUCUUAUUCUCCAGUUUAUCUAUCUCUACCCAACCAACGGGCAUUGAGCACAAACGCAACCAUGCGCCGUGCACGCCCCAUCCCAUCCCGUGCGAUGCACUCCCAAUGGCCUCAACUGCAGUCAGUGCCACAGUUCGGGCUGGAGCAUGCCCAAACGCUUUCCGGCUUAACGCGCAGGUUGGGCACCGGCGCGGAAAAAAAACCAUAUGUCGCCAUGACAGAGGGAGGGAGGGAGGGACUCUCAAUAGUCCUACCAAGCUGUCGACGUGGCCCAAUGGGUCCGCUUCGUCCAAUCGAAGUCAGGCACGAUUAUCAACAGAUUGAUCUCCAGAUUACCAAGCAUCCACGCAUCCGUGUGGUGCAGCAACGCAUUCCUGAGUGGCACACUGAAGGGCAGGCCGAGCGCAUGGAAAUAAAAGCAUAG